UCAAAUGGGCGUUGGUCAAUGGGCACACAGCCGGAACACCACUGUAUUGUACUUAAAGAAUACUACGUUAAAUUUUUGGUGAUUUUCCUUCCGUUUUCUGGAACUAGAUAGGAAAAGGAAUCAAGAUUCUAUUCUAGACUAAGCAGUGGAGAAGACAACGAUGAUGAUGAUGAAGCAAGGCCUUCUUCUGCCAUGGAAUUCCUGCCCUCCCAAAACCCACACUCUUAAACCCAUUUUCUUGGCAACUCUCCAGCCAUUCAAGCACAACAGACAACUCGGACGCCAGAUACGACUACUUGUUCAGGAGACGCUUAUCAACAGAACCCCCAAUAAGUCUUCUCAAUGCCUGCCCAUUCAUUUCAAGGCAAUGGUGGCUUGUAGGAUCCCCACAAUGCCACUUAUUAUUGCUAAUGCAUUGCUGAUAUCUACCCCAUUAGAUGCCAUAGCAGAAACAUGUGAAGCAGAUAAUUCUGCGUUCAAUAUGCCCUUGCUGCUGUUUGUUGCCCUUAUUGGGGCCACUGUUGGAGGACUACUUGCUAGACAGAGACGAGGAGAAUUGAGGCGGCUGAAUGAACAGUUGCGGCAGAUAAACACUGCUUUGAGAAGGCAAGCUAAAAUUGAGUCUUAUGCACCAAGCUUGAGCUAUGCUCCUGUUGGUGGAAGGAUAGCAGAAAGUGAAGUUAUUGUAGACCCGAGAAAGGAGGAAUUGAUUGCUCGCUUGAAAAAUGGGAAGAACUUUCUGAGAAAUCAAGCUCCGGAGAAGGCGUUUACAGAGUUUAAAACGGCACUUGAGCUUGCACAGAAUCUAAAGGACCCAAUAGAGGAAAAGAAGGCUGCUAGGGGAUUAGGGGCAUCAUUGCAAAGGCAGGGUAAGUACAGGGAAGCAAUUAAAUACCACUCUAUGGUUCUGGAAAUUUCAGCAAGAGAAGGAGAGGAAUCUGGGAAUACUGAAGCCUAUGGAGCAAUUGCUGAUUGCUACACAGAGCUUGGAGAUUUGGAGCGAGCUGCCAAUUACUAUGACCAAUAUAUUGCAAGAUUGGAGACAGAUUGAACCUCUCCCCAUCUCACUUUCUUCUCCAAUUUUGCCCACAACAAACAAUUUUAACUUCUUCAAUGUCUGCUUCAUCUGUUGGAUGGGGUGUGGGUGUUCCAUUUUCCCGCACUCCAGCCAUAUGAAAUAGUUUUUCAACUGUUCACACGGAUUUCACUGGUUUAGUAGAAAGUAUUUAGAAGAAGAGAGAGCUUUUUGGCUAGAACCUGAGGUGAUCAAAUGCUUUCUGGUCUUUUGGUUGAUCAUUCUGAAACUUGCCAGCCAGCAAGCUAGCCAGGCUGUAGAUCUCCAAUGUUAUGUUUUGUGACAAUUUGCACCCUUUUUGGAAUAUUAUCUAUUUUCUGGA